GGUAUUUUAACCAACGUGUAAGCUUGUUUACGAAUUUUAUUGAACUUAAUUUCAAUAUAAUGAGUGAACCUGUCCUGUCCACUGAUGAGGCUUUUAAUGAUGAAAAACGUCCUCAGUUUGGCACACGCCUGCUUAAGGAAAACGAUGACGUGUUCAGCCAAAACGCCUGGGACCAUGUCCAAUGGGAUAAUGAGCAGGAGCAAGCCGCACAGGAAGCCGUAGAGAUGAAUUCUACUGUCAAAAUGAGUGAAGAUCAACGUGAACGCUUUCAGUCAGAAGCACCCAAGUUCUGGGAUUCGUUUUAUGGCAUACACAACAAUCGCUUCUUCAAGGAUCGCCACUGGCUGUUUACAGAGUUUCCUGAACUAGCUCCCCAUAAUACCGACGAGCGCUUGGAGCCACGCAGCAUAUUCGAGCUAGGCUGCGGUGUGGGCAACACCAUACUGCCACUACUGCAGUACAGCGCAGAGCCCAAUUUGAAGGUAUAUGGCUGUGACUUUUCCGCGCGCGCAAUAGAAAUUAUAAGUAGUCAGCCGCAGUUUGAUAAGAAACGCUGCGAGGUGUUUGUUUUGGAUGCCACUGAAGAGCAGUGGAAAGUGCCAUUCGAGGAGAAUUCCCAGGACAUAAUUGUCAUGAUAUUUGUGCUGUCUGCCAUUCAACCGUCGAAAAUGCAGCGUGUGAUGGAUAACUGCUAUCGCUAUCUAAAGCCAGGCGGACUGCUAAUGUUCAGAGACUAUGGACGCUAUGAUCUUGCGCAGUUACGCUUCAAGAGCGGCAAAUGCCUGGAAGAUAACUUUUAUGUGCGUGGCGAUGGCACCAUGGUGUACUUCUUCACCGAACACGAGCUGCGAGAUAUGUUCGCUAAGUCAGGCUUCAAGGAGGAGCAACUACUUGUGGACAGAAGACUGCAAAUAAAUCGUGGACGUUGUCUCAAGAUGUAUCGUAUAUGGAUACAAACAAAGUUCAGGAAACCGCUGUAGAUGAGACGAUUUUUAC